AGAUAAGAUCUCCCAUUCCAGUAAUAUACAGCCAUCAGAUAUGAAGGGUCUUGUUCUCUGUGUACUGGCGCUCGCCUUAGUCUCCACAAGCUACGCUUGUAUCAUAGCAUCCGAGUGUUCGGGGUCAUGUGACCUCUCCUCCAACCAUUGGGCGUGUAUCAAUCACGCAUGCGUGUGCAGACCAAACGCUGGGAACACGGGAGAUUGCACCGGAAAAGAUGACUGCCGAUCUUUCUGUGGAACCCACCACGAACAUCAUUAUCAUUGCAUCGACGGCAGAUGUAAAUGUGGGGAACUGGACAAUGACAAAUAAAGAGUUAAAACUC